GAGGAGAACCGCCGGCUGCACCACGAGAUCAGCAAGAGGUCAUCGAGGGUCAAGAAACCGCCAACCCCGAUGGCACAGCGAAUGCGUGGCCUCACUCAGGCCCCCGCCUCUGUGGUGUCCCGGAGGGCAGCUCUGAGCGGCUUGCCUCGGUGCAUCCGCAGAAAGGACCCCCUGACCCCCAACGCUUUAGGCCCUCUUCGCUUGGGCCCCCCCCCCCCCCCGAGGCUUCGGGGUCCUCUUUUGGGCGAGUCGAGAGGGGUGCCCUGCACCUGCUCGGCCGCUCCGAGAGCGCGACGCUGCCGCUGGCCGACCGCCCGGGCAUGUCCGACGUGCGCCGCCCGCGGCCGGGCCGGCCGGUCGGCACGGUCGACCACGGCACCGUCAAUCCGUUCCUGCACGACCUGCACAGGCUCAAGGACGACGCCGCGACGCUGAAGCUUGGCGCGCCCCGCGCACAGAGCAUGGAGAUCGGGGGAGACGUGCGGCGAGGAGAUCCAUCGCUGGAGCGCUGGAGGCGGUCCGCUGACCGCGCGCCGGGGUCGCAGGUGUCCGCAGCGGCCCCGCCCUCGGCGCUGUCGGCCGCCGCGCCCUCGGCUGCCGGGGCGUCCUCCACGCUGCAGAGGGCGGCGCUGCAG